UUAUCCAGUACGGAGAUGGAAGCAGACAGCGAAGCGGAUGCGAGGAAAUGCGAAGCUAUACUGCCUGGGAUUAAAGUACUGUGGGCGGUGCUAGAGGAUUAUGUUAAAGAAGGUCGUGUACACCAGCUGGGCGUGGCGGAUGUAGGCGGCGGGUGCCUACGCAAGUUGCAUGCGUGGGCGCGCGUCAAGCCCGCCAUUGCGCAGAUAAAUCUAGCCUCUUGUUGUGUCGUGCCACCUUCCCUGCACGCAUUCUGCCGUGCUAAUGAUGUACAGCUACUCACCCAUGCUGAUCCACCGGAUCUCCUCUCUCUAGCUGCUUUGAAAACGAUAACAGACGCGGGCGUCGGCUGUAACAACUUGGAUUGGUGCGCGAGAUAUCAAGUGCAUAUAAAAUGUAGAGGUGUACUAGCUCUAAAAGGUUACGUUUGCAAAGCAACUCUGGGAAAUGCGAUUGAAGCUAAAUAGACGUAGUGAAAUGUUAAACAUACCACGAAUUCUGUGAUAGGAACACUAUGUGAUAUUCUGAUAUGACUGGAGGAAAUAAAAAUGGAACAAAUGUG